UUAUUAAUAUCCUAAUAUUAGUCACAGUGCGUCGUAAUUACGUUACAGCGUCCCCCCCGUAGCUAUAUCCGAGCCGCCAUCGCCACUACGCACGCUUUCUGCGCACACGCCACCGUGCUGUCCUUUGUUCCUCAUUCAUAAAGCGGCUUCACGAGCACGGGGAUGUGUCACCGUGAACCCCUCGCACGAAAAGGACCGCUGGCCCUUUAAGGGUUAUGUAGCAGGGCUAGCUGAUGUAGGACGAGCCGACCGUGCGUUUCUCUGCUCGAGCUCCCGCUGCCAUCCUCGUCAUGGCCUCCGUACACCCGCCACCGACACCACCACCGAGGAUGAACCGACCAGCCAUCGACCCUUCCCUUCCCGGAGCGGAGACGGACGUCAAGCCGAAGCAGAGGCACCGGUAGAGGCGAGCCGCGCCGGGGAGAGCCGCCUCACAUCCAAAUGCCACCCCGGUUUCCUCAUCCAUGCCUUCGUUUAAAGCCAAGUACAGCUAUACGAUAAAGAGGGGUGCGAACCCGGGCGGCGGCGGAAACAUGACAACGGACAAGGAUUAUUCUCUUAAUCUGUCGGUGCAGCAAGUGCUGAGCCUUUGGGUGCAAGGCUCGGCGCUGCACCACUUCACAGAGAUGUGGUACUGGGUCUUCCUGUGGUGUCUCUUCUCCUCGCUCUUCGUCCACGGGGCGGUGGGGCUGCUCAUGUUAGUCAUGCUGCAGCGCCACAAGCGGGGACGCCUCAUCACCCUGGUGCUGGUCAGCGUGGGUUUCCUGGCCUCGCUCUCCGGAGGCGUCAUCACUAGCGCGGCCGUGGCGGGCGUUUACCGCGUGGCGGGGAAAGGCAUGGCACCGCUGGAGGCGCUGGUGCUCGGCGUGGGCCAGACCACCCUCUCCGUCGUCAUAUCCUUCUCGCGGGUCCUGGCCACGCUGUGAAGAAAACCCACGACGGGGUGAAAGGGAGACACCGACACGGGAGCAGAGCGGGCAAACCGAGCCGGGCAGAGACUUUAGGCCUGCUUUUAUGGAAGGAGAUGAGGCACAAGUCCUCUGGACCUUUGAGGGCCGGAUCCAGGGCAGAACGCCCCCCCAGCGUCUCUGCACUGUGCAGGAAGGUCGUCAUCGUGUCAGAGAGCAGCGCCGGGCGGAGGCUCGGCCUCAGCUUCUGGACCUGAAAGCCAUGUUUCUGAGUUUCCAGAGUUACGCCACUUCUUCGUGCCAAAGCCUUCUCUGUGAAAACAGCAAGCCUUGGUGGCCGACUGACUCUCAAAGGCUUUCUGUUGAACUUUUGAGGGAGGAGGAAAAAAAAUCUAUUUUUUAAACAGCGACCUGUAAUCGUGAGCUGAUGAUCUCCUUUGGCGAUCGGAACAAAAGAACAGCAGUAAAACACCUUCAUCAGUAUUAAACCGCCGCCGCGCCUCUAGGCCUGCAUACAGCUUUUCACUCCUUCUCCUGAGAUGGCUCAAAAGCCGCAGCGUCCGACUCACGAGCAGGAAGAAGCUUUGAAUUUUUGCACUUUGUAAAUGUUGGCGAAGAGGCAGAGGAAAACCAACAUAUGAUGAUCGAUUUUAAAGCGUGCCAACAACAACUCGGAGUGGAGUCAGAGGAGCAGUUUGGGGAGUGUGUUUAUUGGCUUUCUUCCACAGACAGAGAGAGAGGAUGAGAUCGAUGUCACUCUGAUGUCUUUACUGUAAACAAGGGUGGAGCCGGGAGACAGUAAAGUUAUCUACCUGCAUCUGAUUUAUCUCUAUUAAACAACAUAACAUUUUAAUGAUGUUGGUCGAGUUGCAGGAAUUUGCUGUAAUAAUAAAAAUAUUUUCAUUCGAAAAGUUGGAAAAGAACCAGAUUAGAGAAAAGAAACGGAAAUUUGACCAUCCAGUAUUUCCUGUGUGUGUGAGGCAAAAGUAGGUGUACCUGUGCUGUCAGUAUGCAGGUUUUACGCCCAUGAGCAGCAGUAAAGGCAGCUAAGUGUUCCUGUAAUCAUCGAUCAGUCCUGCGCAUCGACUCGGAGGAGUUUUUAGCCCAUUCCUCCAUAUAGCAGCGUUCAGACUCUGAGAUUGCGGCGCGUUUCCUCGUGUGAACGCCUCGCUUCAGGUCUUACUUCGGUCAGGGAUUUUACUUUCAACACAUGACCUUUAUUCUUCUUUGAUCCUUCUUUGAGGUUCAGGUCACGCACGCCUUCCUGCUGAGAGGCAGCGGGCCAGGCUCAAACCUUGGCACCCCUCUUACAUUUUAUCCUCUAACGCAGGGGUGCCCAAUCCUGGUCCUCGAGAGCUACCGUCCUGCAGCUUUUAGAUGCAUCCUUGUUCCCACACACCCGAAUCAAAUGAAUGGCUUGUUAUCAGGCCUUUGCCAAACAUGAUGGCAUGCUGACGAGGUAAUCAAACCAUUUGAUUCAGCUGUGUUGGAGUAGGGAUGCAUCUAAAAGCUGCAGGAUAGUAGCUCUCGAGGACUGGGAUUGGGCAGCCCUGCUCUAACGUCCCUCUAACGCAGGGGUAGGGAACUCCAGGCCACGAGAGCCGGUGUCCUGCAGGUUUUAGAUCUCACCCUGGGUCAACACAUCUGAAUCAAAUGAUUAGUUCAUUACCAGGCCUCUAGAGAACUUCAAGACAUUGAGGAGGUCAUUUAGCCACUUAAAUCAGCUGUUUUGGAUCAAGGACGCAUCUAAAACCUGCAGGACACCGGCCCUCGAGGCCUGGAGUUCCCUACCCCUGCUCUAACGUGUUUGAUAGAUCCCCUUUGUUUAGAUAUAAUACACCUGAUUGGCAUCCUGUUGACUGAAAACAUCCUGAGCUUCAUAUUCACAGUACAGACAUCAGAGGGGCAUCAUAAAAAACUUAGCAAGAAGGCAAAUAAACGGUUUGUUGAACAAAACAGGAGGACGGCCCGGAGGAGGCGUCUGUAAUAGGGAGUGAUUUGGUUUGGCUCUUUAUAGAUUAAUUCUUCCUUAUUCAGGGUAAGAGGAGUAAAGGUGUGUCAGCAUUGAAAAGGGUCACUUUGCUGCUUGAGAAUCAGCAUAUUCCCAGAGAAAUCGCUCCGAGUGAGUCUGUGAGUCCUGCAGGUGCAGAUUUUCUGGAGCCCCGGUCCUCCUCGGCUCACCGUAGUGCUGCUUAUGUCUGCACUGCUUCAGUAUAAACUCCCCGUGGAAAGCCAUCCCUCCCUCCCCGGAGAAGGUCACAGAUUCUGCUGCUCUGAUUUAUUUUCUUCUUCUUCUUCUUUUUUUCUAUGCCGACUUUUUUCUUUAUUGUUUUGUUUAUGAACCCAUGCUCCUUAAGUUUAACUUUGCACGUUGCACUGACUUUAAUCUGCCUUGUUUUAGAUCAGUGUGCAUUGACCCGAUGCUAUACACACGCAGACACAGAUUAUGAUGAUGAUGUUUUGAAAAAAAAGGAAAUAAUGUGAAGAAUGUGCUGGAAGUUACUGUAUUUAGACGCCAGACACAGACGGUGCCGAAGAAAGUUCAACUUUGCCCAAAACUUCACCCAGGAGGUCGAAAUGCCAAAGUAUCACUCACAGUCUAGCUUUACUCAUCCCGUUUUCUCAUCUUGCUGACGUCAACAUAAAGAGUUAGUGGUUUUAUGUACUUUUUAGGGACAUUUGCACAUUCAAAAAGAUGCUUGCGCUGUUCAGAUUGUGUGAUUUUUAUUUAUUUUAUUUUUUUGAGGUUUUGUGGCUCUGAAGGUAAAUUAUGUAAUGAUGUAACACAGCUUACCUUCACUACCAGCUCAGCACACAGGAGGGCGAUAUUGCACUGGAAUGAAGUAGCAGCAGGAGCCUGAAUGCCUGUGAGAUGAUUGUGGGGUUUGGAAAUAUUGAACAAAAAAAAAAAAAGGUAAACGAGGAGUCACCUGAAGCCCCUCCCCCUGUUUGUUUUCUCCCUGUAUCACUGGGUUGCUCUGCACGUGGUCUGCACCGCCCGUUUGAAUGUGUAAGCUCAGCUUUCAGGGACCAAUCGUGACUCACCUGCUGUCAUAGCAGUGAAAUCUGUUUCUGCGGGGCACUUUGUGCAUGUUCGUAUGCGGCUCACAGGAGACUGAUGAGCAUCGUUGUCGCCGUGUUCGGUGUCGGUCUGUGCGGUCGUGAUUGUGAGAAGAAUAAAAGGAUUUCCAUGUGUUUUCUUUCAUUGUGCUGGUGGUCAGGGGUGUUUAAAGGGUCGGAAAAGGGGUGUGAGGACCUCCAGUUUUACUGUCUUUACAUAAUGUGAUUUUUUUUUUUAAAUGUGGCGAUUAAAACUGCAAGAAUGGACUCGAUGCUGUCAGAUCUGCACAUCCAGAGCUGUAUAUAGUCGCAGUGUGCUUCGUAAACAAACUAACCGCUGAAUAGCAUUCACACCCCGUGCCAUUACUGGUCAUGACGGGUGUGUGUGUGUGUGUGUGUGUGUGUGUGUGUGUGUGUGUGUGUUUUUCCGCUCCAGGUUCUGUGAUUGAGCCGUGUGACCGUGAGUGUGCGCUGUAAUAUCUAAAGGAGACACCCAGCAACUAAUAAUCCCCUCUAGACUUUUAAAAAAGUAACGCCAUCACGCUGCAGAGAGACACCCAGCUCAAUAAUCCUGUCUCUUUCAAUAGGCUUAUGAUAGAAGCUGCACCCACCGUUCGUACCACCACAGCCACCACCUCAAGUCUGCUGUUGCCCAAAUGCCACAAAUCCCAACCCCGGACACAUACUGUGUACCCGCCGCUGUGGCUGCAUGUGCAACGCAGCUCAGGUAACAUGUGAAUGGACUAACAUGGACAAUCCACCCAGAGACAAAGCUGUACAUAAAACCCAAAGUGGCACUUCUCCUGUAGAUAAUGUACAAUAUCUUCUUUUUUAAUUUUGUACCAGCCAAACUGCUGAUAUUUAUAACUAUUGCCUAUUUAUGUACAAACUGUUCUCCUGUACAUACUCAGCAGGCGGUUGAAAUAAAAAUCUUU